AAGAUCAGCGUCUGAAGAUAUAAAAACCAGCUCAAACGUGUAGCCUGACACACUGAAAACUGGACUGUUGUUCUCAAGCGGAGUGUGUUCGCUGGUCUGCCAGGAUAUACAGCGCUUCAAAUAUCCACAUAUUAAAUCCGACAUAACAGCCAUGGUUCUGGAGGAGAAUGACUGUGACUCUGUCUUUGAGCCUCAUGCGACUGAAGAGUACGUGGAGACUCCUUACGGAGAUCUCCACUGCAUCAUGACAGGAACUCCAAAGGCAAACCGCCCCGUCAUCCUGACCUUUCACGAUGUUGGACUGAACCAUAAAUCGUGUUUUGAGACUCUUUUCAACCAUGAAGACAUGCAGGAGAUUGUCAAACAUUUGCCUGUUUGUCAUGUUGAGGCUCCAGGACAACAAGAAGCAGCCAAAUCUCUGCCUACAUUGUAUACCUACCCCACCGUGGACCAGCUCUCUGAAGCAUUACCUGCUGUCCUCAAAAAUUUUGGGUUGCGUAGUGUGAUUGGCCUGGGAGUUGGAGCAGGAGCAUACAUCCUGGCCAGAUUUGCUUUGAAUCACCCUGAUUUAGUGGACGGGCUGGUUCUGAUUAAUGUCAACCCCAAUGCUGAGGGCCUGAUGGAUUCUGUUGCAAACAAGAUUACAGAUUGGACCCAAACUCUCCCAGACAAACUCAUUGCACACUUGUUUGGACAGGAAGAGAUCCAGAAAAAUUAUGACCUUGUGGCUACAUAUCGCCACUACAUCACAGCAACCAUGAACCAGUCCAACGUGAGUCAGUUCUUCCGCUCCUACAACAACCGGACCACUUUGGAUGUGCAGAGGCCGGUUUCUGGAGGAAACAUCAAUGUCAGGACCCUAAAGUGCUCCACUCUCCUGGUUGUGGGAGACAACUCUCCAGCUGUGGAAGCUGUGGUUGACUGCAACUCUAAACUUAACCCCAACAAGACCACACUGCUUAAGAUGGCGGAUUGUGGAGGUCUUCCUCAAGUGGAUCAGCCUGCUAAAGUGACUGAAGCCCUCAAAUAUUUCAUCCAAGGCCUGGGAUACUUGUCCAGUGCCAGCAUGACCAGACUGCGCUCAAGAACUACGUCCAGCACCAGCUCCGUGUCUUUUGAAGCGCCCCGCAGCCGCUCACAUACCAACGAGCUGCAGCGGGGUCGGGUGCACUCUCAAAGCACGGAGGAGAAGCGUGGGCGCACAAACACUGAUGUCUCCAUGGAAAGUGUCUCCACUCUAAACCAGAACACCUCAAAGGCCGCUGAAGUAGCAUGCUAGAGUGCACACAACGAACACCCCUUGCACUUUAUUCAAACGAUGCCUCAUUCUUUACUCCUACCUGAAUCCUCCCUUCCUUCUUCUAAUUUCCACUUGCAAUCACUCUGUGGUUGUAUUUUCACUCACCUCUGAAAACUAGAUGAUUUGAAAUCCUUUCCUCAAAUUUCUUUUCUUUUCUCAUCCACUCUUGACUUUUAUUCCUCCUUUUAUCACUGAAUUAUUUAAAAGAUUCUAUGUAAAGUUUCCUCACAUGCUCAUGUCCAUCAUUAUAUAAGGCAGAUAAAGACAUAUUAGAUGUUUUAACACUUUAAAAUCAAAUCCAUUAUGUGUUUAUGUAAAAGUAUUUGUUUUUCCAUGUGAAGGUGCAUAAUUAUCUAAUUUAUAGAAUAACUCAGUGGGAAAAGAAAAUGCACACUUAUAACUGUAAGAACUGUAUACGAUGAUGCAACUAUAACAACUGUGUGUUACUAAAAGCAGGAAUAUGUUAUGACCUAACACUGUAGUUCCUAGUGUGGAUUCAAACUUAUUGUGUAGUGUGUUUCACAAUAAAUAAUGAAUGCACACUGU